AGUCAGAAAAUUACGAAAGAAAUAAACGAUUAUAGUGUUUAUCAACUACAAAAGAUCAGUGACCUAUCAAGCAAAAUUCAUAAAAUUAGAAUUGCCAAAAAUAUCAGUGAUGAUAAGGAACCACACUAUGUGGUUAGUGAGAGUGAAAAUUUUCCCUUAUUAAUAUUAAUGUUGAUGCUAUAUGCAUUUAUUACUUCAAUUGACUCACAGUUGAGAGAGCACGAUUCUCAAGCGAAACAGUCCAACUCCAGCAGCGAAGUGUCAGUGAUCCAGAAAGGUUCUCAGUCGCAAUCAGAUAGUGAGAGGAAUUUCUACAGAACGGAGGCUGAAAAGUGCAUGGAAAUGGAGAAAAGUGGAGCAGUGAGUCUUUCUGUGGAUAGUUUUGGGGUCAUGAAGGAUCCUGUGACGAAAAAGGAGGAAACUGUGUGGCUCUACACGUGGAAAAAUUCAGUUAGUCGCGUUGCAGUAAAGGUGAUCAGUUACAGCGCCACAAUUCAAGCCAUCGAAGUGCCUGACAAGAAUGGAGUGAUCCAGGAUGUUGUAAUGGGAUUUGACUCAUUGGAAGGGUACUUCAAUCCCCUGAAUCCCUAUUUUGGAGCAACUGUGGGCAGAGUGGCCAACAGAAUAGCCAAUGGAAAAUUCUCUCUGGAUGGCAAGGACUAUCAAGUUGCGAAGAAUUGGAAUGGCAAGCACCAUCUUCACGGAGGAAUUGUGGGAUUUGACAAAUUCAAUUGGACUGGCUUUGUUGAUGGAAAUGCCCUUGUUUUCAGUCACUUCUCACCCGAUGGCUUCGAGGGCUAUCCAGGCGACCUCAUGGUUCAAGUUCGUUACGAACUGACCGAAGAUGAUGCCUUGAAGAUUAAUUUCUCUGCCACUACGUCCAAAUUGACGCCAGUCAAUCUCACUAAUCACUCCUACUUCAAUCUGGGCGGACAUGAUUCAGGGAAUGAAGAGAUUUACAGGCAUCUCGUAUCUAUCAAUGCCGAUCGUAUCACAGAGACCGAUACUGAGUCUAUUCCGACAGGAAAACUCUCCCAAGUGGGAGGAACAGCCUUCGAUCUGAGGACUGAGAAGUCUCUCGGAGUAGCCUUCAAGGCUACUGCCGCAAAUGGAUAUGAUGACAAUUUUUGCGUGACGAAAUUCCAUGGAGAGGGAGUGUCAUUUGUGGCAAGAGCUCUUCAUCCGACUUCCGGGCGCUUCCUAGAGGUCUACAGUGACCAGCCGGGAGUGCAGUUCUACACGGCUAAUUUCUUGCCCGAUCCCCAGGUGUCUUCCUCACCGAAAUUGCAUGGAAAAGGCGGAGGAUUGUAUGAGAAACACGGAUCAUUCUGCUUCAAGACGCAAAAGUAUCCAGAUGCUGUAAAUCACGCCAAUUUCCCUUCAACGAUUCUAAAGCCAGGAGAGACCUAUCAGCAUCUCUGUGUCUACAAAUUCGGAACUCAACUGCCCAAUUGAAAUCUUCCAAAAGGAGCUUCCAGACCUUCAACAAAAUCCACAAAGUAAUACACGCUUUUUUUAUCUAAUACACAGACGCACAUUUUUAUUAUCAAUUUAAAUAAAAAGAUUUGAAUAUAA